AUGUUCAUCCCAGAAAACGACGGCGCGGAACUUAGGAAGUGGAUAAUCAAGAAACUCGAAGCUUUAGAAGCUGUCGCCGAUGCAGAUGUGCUUGCCGACUUCGUCAUAGCCUUACUGAGGACCGAUACUGCAGAACCGCAACUGCGACGAGAUGCAUAUCAGGAACUGGAAGACUUCCUGAAAGAGCACACGAAGCAAUUUGUGGACGAUGUCUUUGCGACCGCGCAGACCAAAUCCUACCUGCCUGGCUAUAAACCUCCUGUUGCGUCUGCCCCAGCACCUUUGGCCGCCCUACCUCAACCUACACGCUCAUCCGUGCCAUUUGACACAGGUAGCUUCUCCCAGCAGAGGUAUCAAGGAUCAAAGAAAAGAUCUCACAAUGAUAUGCAAGGCCAUGAGCAAGGCUCGGAUCCCGGACGCGGGGCUAGACAGACAAAACAGAUGAGGAGGGGUAGCAGGGGAAGAGGUGCAAACUCGAAUGGGAGUGAUCGUGGCGACAAUUACAUGGGGAGCACAGCUAUGGAUUGGUCUUCAUUGAACCCGACUUUCGACCCGUCUAUUUCGUCCAAUUUGCUGGGACAUCUACCAGAGGAUUUUGCUUCCAAUCCAUUUGCUGCAAUGGUUGCCAUGCAAGCAAUGGGAUUUCCGAAAUUCCCACAACCGCCACAAACUGGGUCCGUCAAUACCAAGAGGAAACGAUGCCGAGACUAUGAUACGAAAGGCUUUUGUGCGCGCGGAGAAGCAUGCCGCUACCAGCACGGCGCAGACCAUAUGGUCGUGCCUGGUCAAGAUGAAUACGAUCCUAAAAAUGCUAUGUUGAACUCGACAAUGAUGCCACCGACAAAUGGCCAUGUCAAGACCAACGGGGCCGCGCGUGGCUCUACUGACAAACGUGGAGGGCGUGGCCGAGCAGACUUCUCGCAGGCAGGGCCGAACUAUGACCGAUCGAACACCGCUAUCGUAGUGGAGCAAAUUCCCGAAGAGAAGUUCGAGGAACAAUCCGUCCGCGACUUUUUCUCCGAAUUUGGCAGCAUUACAGAAGUCACGAUGCAACCCUAUAAACGCCUUGCAAUUGUGGAGUAUGACGACUAUAUUUCUGCACGAAAUGCCUACGAUAGCCCUAAAGUAAUCUUCGACAACCGGUUCGUAAAAGUUUACUGGUACAAGCCAAAUUCUCUUCCCACAGAGCCCCGUAGCCGCCAAGGCAGCGAUCCCUCACCCUCCGCAACUUCCCCAGAAGAGCAACCCUUCGACCGAGGAGAAUUUGAGCGCCGCUCCUCAGAAGCGCAAAAGCGCCUCGAGGAAAAGCUGGCGCAAAUGAAGGAGACCGCCGCACAACGUGAAACACUCGAAAGACAGAAAGCAGACCUAGCGCAAAAGCAAGCAGAGGAGAAGAAGCGUUUACUCGAAAAGUUGAAAGCGAGAGAGUCUAAAACUGCUACCGACGAAGGUGAGACGCACACCACAAAUGGUGCGAAUGGCACGACUCAUCACGAAAACGACAACGCCAGCGCCAGCACAAAAGCACUCCGCGCCAAACUCGCCGAAUUAGAGGCCGAGGCGCAGAGCCUUGGAAUCGACCACCAAGCCCCUGACACAAUCUUUUCCCCACGAGGACGAGGGAGAGGAAGAGGCCGCGGCUCGUACCGGGGCUGGGAAGCUUUCAAUCCUUCGUACCGCGGGAGUCCGCGAGGUCGUGGUGGAUGGGGCGGCGGUGGGAAGUACAAUCUCGAUCUGCGAACGAAGAAAGUGUGUGUGAGUGGGGUUGCGUGGACGGGAGAGCAGGAUGAGGGGUUGAGGCAGCAUUUGCUCGGUGUUGGCGAAUUCGAAGCCAUUAACUCCCAUCCUGAUCUUCCUGACUCGAUGAUCGUGAGCUUUCAGGACCGCCCUACAGCUGAGAGCUUUUUCUAUGGGAGCAGAGACCUGGCUGGUGUAGGCAAGGUGGAAUUUUCGUGGUACAACGCGCCGAGCGUCGCUACGAAUGGUACGACGAAAGGGGAAGGGAACGGCGUCGGCAAGCAGAUUGCCAUAGGAGAAACUGAUGGGGAUGGGGAUGUGGGAAUGCAUGGAGCGGAUGGGGUUGGGGAUGGAGAUGGGGAGAGGGCGGAAGGUGGCGGAGGCGGCGAGGUGGAUUAUGAUGUUGCUGAGGAAGAUCAUCGGUGGGAUUGA